AUGCCUCUGACUCUGACUCCCAUGCAUGUUGAGCGUCAAAUGGCUGUUGAUGAUAGCGAGGGCCUCCAUAAGGGAGACGGUGAAGGUGACUCUUUCCGUUCUCAGGCGCACUUGCUUCUGACACGUGUUGACUCGCCUGCGAAAGCAGGCAACAAGUUGAUGCCCGAUAGCACGGAAGGCUCAGAUGAGGCGGGGCCCUUUCGUAGCAUGGACGGUGCAGAUGAAGUGGGGACAAGCAUGGACUGCUCAGAUGAAGUGGAAGCCCUUGGUAGAAUGGACGGUGCAGAUGAGGUGGAGGGGGGUUUAGUCAAGGCAGUGGCGGUAGGUGAAUCGAUAAUCGAAGGGGGUGAUGGGCGAAUAGAGGAGGAGACCGAGCAGCAGCAGGGCGGUGGUUUCAGAGUGGCAGAAUCUGACAGUAUUCAAGAGCAGAUGUCUGAAGCAAGCUCUUCAGCCAGUCAAGGGAAUUCUCUUGAGGAGUAUAGAGUGGUGAACGUGGAAGAAGUGCCGGGGCAGGGUAAGAGUUCUGAGAUGCCUCAAAACGCAGUGGAAAUGGAUGAAGGGCCAGAGCAGGGUAGCAGUUUUCACGUUGCUACAGGUGCACAAGACGAGGGGGCAGCCAAUAAGGAGGAUGAAGUGCAUGAACAGGAUGGCGUUUUCCUAGCUGAUGCUGGUGAGAACGACAAGUUGGCUAAUGAGGAAGUCACACUUAACGAGGCUGCUAGUAAGGAGGAUGAUUUACCUGAGAAGCCUAGUGUGCUUCCAUUUGACCUGCUUGACUCGGUUGACUUUCUUGACCCGGUAUCAGCAUUCACCAAGACCAGUGGGGAGGAUGUAAGUAACGAGGCUGUUAAUAAGGAGGACGGUCCACCUGAAAAGCCUAGUGUGCUUCUGCCAGACGAUCUGCUUGACUCGCUUGACUUCCUUGACCCGAUAUCAGCUUUCACCAAGACCCUCCGCAUGCUGCACCACUUCCUCUCCUCCCAACCCACCGCCGAAUCCCUCCCGACUUUCUUCCUCGGGCUGCCCCGAGAUCAUUAUUUCCGGGCAGACCAGGGCAACAGUUCGCUCUGCCUGCCAGACGACGCCACAUGUAAAGAGAACGGGCAGUGUAGCGGGUUUUUGAGGCCGAGAGAGUGGUUAGAGGAGGGAGGGGAAGAGCAGGCGCAUCAACAGCGGUGGCAACGCCUCUUAGCCUGCUUUGAGGCUCGGCUUUACAUGGGUCGGUCGAGGGGAGCCGGGGAGGAGGAUCACGCACCUAGUGGGGGCUCCAGGCCCAAGCGCCGCCGCUAUGCCACCACAAGCUGGCAAGACGCUGUGGGGGGAGGAAGCAGCGGGGGGGGAGGCGUGGGGGGGGAAGGCGCAGGCGCAGCAGCAGGGGGCGGGGGGGGACCCGGGGGCGGGGGGGGAACAGGCGGGGGGGGGCGGAAGGGGGUGUUUCACUGCAACUACUGCCACAGGGAUGUGACGGGGGAGGUGCGCGUGAAAUGUGCGGCGUGUGUUGACUUUGACCUCUGCGCUGAAUGCUUCUCCGUGGGCGCUGCUGUUCACCCGCACUCUGCUUCACAUCCUUACCACGUUAUGGACACGAUGAGCUUCCCUCUCGUGCACGAGGACUGGACUGCCGACGAGGAGAUGCUGCUGCUGGAGGCCCUGGAGAUGUACGGAAUGGGAAAUUGGGGAGAGAUUGCAGAGCACGUGGGGUCCAAGAGCAAGACACAGUGCCACGACCACUACCUUUACGACUACCUGCUGUCCCCCUGUGGGCCACUCCCUGACCUAUCUCGCCUGCGCACCCAGGCAGACACGGAAGCAGCCAAGGCAGCCAUGGAGGAGCAGGAGGCGGCCGAGACUGCUGCGCGGGCUCAGGAGGCGGUUCUGUACAACGUUCCCGUGGUCAAAUCUGAACCCGGCACCAAGACAGACGACGCUGCAGCGCCGAUCACGAGCGGGUACAACGCCAAGCGCAACGAGUUUGACCCGGAGUAUGACAACGAGGCAGAGGCGCCGCUGGCAGAACUAGAAUUCAAGGAGUCGGACUCGAGUGUGGAUAGACAACUGAAGAUCAAGAUGCUACACAUCUACUACUCACGGCUGGAAGAGAGGUCUCGGCGCAAGGCCUUCAUCUUGGAACGUGGUCUGCUUGACCCGAGAAGAGUGGAUGGAACGAUUCGACCCGACACCAACAGCAGCAGUAGGGAGAGAGUGAGGGACAGAGACAGGGACAGGGAGAGGGGCGGGACAGAUGAGCAACACAAGAGAGAGGAUGGCGCGGAACAGGGAGGGGAAAGGGAAGGGGGGACUCUGGGGGAGAUGGGGGCGGAGGCGGGAGAGGGUGGGGUGGAGAAGGGGGAGGGGGGAGGGAAGCGCGGGGGGAAGCGAGGAGGGGGCGGGGAGAGGAGGAGGUCGAAGGAGGAACGGGAGAUGUUCCUGCGGUGCCGCGUGUUUGCGAGGUUUCUGAGUGCAGAAGAGCACGAGGGGCUGGUGCAGAGCUUGACUCAGGCGGAAAAACUCAGGGACAGAGUGGCCGUGCUGCAGGAGUUGAGAGCAGCGGGGUGCAAGUCACUGGCGGAGGGUCGUCGGUUCAUCCAAGCUCACUACAAGGACAACCCCGCAGCUGCUGCUGCUGCCAUUGCGUGCCUUCCACCCUCGGCCACAGCCAUCAGCACGGCAUCACCAGGCGGUGCCUCAGCAGCUCUUGACAUUUCCGCCCACCCAGGAUGUGACCUUCUAUCAGCUAAGGAGCGGGAGCUGUGCAUGCACAUGCGCCUGCUGCCAGCUCACUACCUCCGCGCCAAGCAGGUAAUCUUACAACAAGCAACGCUAUCAGGGGGGGCCAUCUCACGAGCAGCAGUGCACCGACUCUUUCGCCUGCCCCCUGCCACCACCGACGCCAUUUUUAGACUCCUGCUGGGGGCUGGGUGGAUAGCUGAAGCUGGGGGAAACAUUGCUGGUGGGGGAAUGGGAGGGGGAAUGGUGAAGCAGGAAGGGAUGUGA